UCUUAUCACUACCUGUAAAGUUCCACGUUCUGUGCUUUUUCUAUAAAUAACGAAAAAAAAAUAAACGCAUUUUCUAACCGUAAUAAUGCUUCGUUUUAUUUUAUUAUCAAGCAUGGUACUUUGUUGUGCAAUUCCAGUUAUAUUUGGUUCAUCAACUAAUCAAUGUAACCAAAAUAAGAAAGAUUGUGAACCGACGUAUUGUGAGAAUAAGAUAUUUCAUUGUCCUAUUCAACUACCCUGUAACAAGACGGAAGGACAGAAAAUAUGGCCAGAGCAGUGCGUAUGUUGUAAGACUUGUUUUAAAACAGUGUCUGAAGGCGAACCAUGUGGAGGUGAUCCCAUAUACGCAGUAUGUGCAAAUGGUUUAAAAUGUUGCAGCAACGUGUGCCGAAAAGUCGACUAAAGUAUGAAAAAUAUACUGAAAGUACAUUAAUUUUUUUUCUUGUAUAUACAGGGUGUCCCGAAAAGAUUGGUCAUAAAUUAUACCACAUAUUCUGUGGUCAAAAAUAGAUUGAUUGAACCUCACUUACCUAUAUACAAUAGUGCACACAAAAAAAGUUACAGCCCUUUCAAGUUACAAAAUGAAAAUCGAUUUUUUUAAUAUAUCGAAAACUCUUAGAGAUUUUUUAUUGAAAAUAAACAUGUGGCAUUCUUAUGGCAGCAACAUCUUAAAAAAAUAAAUGAAAUUUAUGCACCCCAUAAAAAUUUUUUGGGGGUUUUGUUCCCUUCAACCCCCCAAACUUCUGUGUACGUUCCAAUUAAAUUAAUAUUGUGACACCAUUAGUUAAACAAAAGGUGUCUAAAACUUUUUUGUCUCUUAGUACUUUUUCGAUAAGCCAGUUUUUAUCGAGAUAUUUUGAAUAUUUUUCGAAUCCACCACAUAUUUUUAUAUCGUUAAGUACUAAGUACGAUUAAAUAGACCUGUUAAUAAUCUGAAAAUUUAUUUAUAAUUUACAUUUUUAGGUAUAUUUUGAAAAAGUAGCCGCAUCUCGAUAAAAGGUGACUUAUCAAAAAAAGACUAAGAGACAAAAAAGUUUUAAAACACUGUGUUUAACUAAUAGUACCACAAUAAUAGUUUAAUUGGAACGUACACAAACAUUUGGAGGUUUAAAGGAACAAAAAAUCCCCAUAAAAUAUUUAUGUAAAUAUAUUAAAAAAAAAGAAGCUGCAUCUCGAUAAAAACUGGCUUACCGAAAAAAUACUAAGGGGCAAAAAAGGUUUAAAACGUUGUGUUUAACUAAUGGUACCACAAUAAUGAAUUAAUUGGAACGUACAAAAAAGUUUGGGGGGGUUUAAGGGAACAAAACCCCCAUAAAAUUUUUAUGUGGUGGACAAAUUUCACUAUAAUUUUGUUUUAAGAUGUUCCUGCCAUAAGAAUGAUACAUGUCAAUUUUCAAUAAAAAAAUCUCUAAUAGUUUUCCAUAUAUUGAAAAAAAUCCAUUUUCAUUUUGUAACUUCAAAGGGCUGUAACUUUUUUAUGAGCAUAUUUGUACUAAAGUAAGUUAGGUUUAAUCGAAUUAUUUUUGACCCCAAAAUGUGUGGUAUCAUUUAUGACCAAUCUUUUUGGGACACUCUGUAUAAACGGGUAAUUUAAUUAUUGUUGUUGUUUACAUUAAAUAAAAUAUGUUUUAACACUCUUAAGAAAUAAACACAUUUCCUUACUGUA